UCUAAAAAUGCAAAGCAACAAGUGUCUUACGGGCUACAGGUUUUGGGUUUACCUUAUACUAUGAAACUAAACGGCCUUAUUGAUACCACGUGGAAAAAAAGUAUUAUACAUGAAUAAAUGUGGACUAAUUAAAGAAACUAUGUGUUACCGUUUCAAGGAUUACUAGAAACAAAUCAGCCAUUAUGUACAAUGAUGAUGAUAUGAUUAUAUUAGAACAAUGAACAUCCUUUUACGUCCAAAAGUAGUAUUCGUUAUUGGUUUUUUAUUUGGUUUUUUAUCAGUUUUCAUAUACAAGUAUGUUAACUCUAUUAUUGAGUCUCCGAAAUUGCACAAAAGUUCCUUGAAAAUUGUCUGGACUUUCUUAGAGAAUUGGUCAGAGAGUGCUAAAAAUUAUGAAGCUUGGUGUCAAAAUCAAAAUGUAAAACUCUCUGAACUUAAUUUAGAUGAGUACGCUUAUGGAGCUCAGUCAAUUAACCAUUCUGACGUUAAAAAGCUAGUUUUAGAAUCCAAAUGGUUGAGGACCAAAGUACCUAUUACCUGCGUUGUAUUUGUGGAGAAGUUAAAAUUAGUAGCUACAAUUACAGACACAUGGGGAAAGCACUGCAACAAAUUGCUAUUUUUCUCACGUAACUUAUCUGACUCCAACUUUUCUGUGAUUAACUUAGGAAUUAAAUAUACUUCAGCAUGGCAGUUUCUUUGCGAAAUUAUGAAUUAUAUAUGGAAAAGAAGAAAUGAGAUACCUUUGAAUUGGAUUAUUUUUAUUAAGGAUGACACCAUUGUUGUACCCGAGAACUUGCAAUACAAUUUAGCUGCACUUAAUUACAUGGAACCUUAUUACUUAGGACAUGCUAUUGUACUCUGGGGUACACCUUACAAUGUAGCUCAAGCUGGAUAUGUACUUAGCUAUGAAUCUUUGCGCAGAGUUAUAAAAUUAUUCAAUACUUCAAAGAAAUGUGCUGCUGGUGGAAAAUAUUGGAAAAAUGAGGAUUACUAUUUAGGAAAGCAUCUAGGAUCUUUGGGUGUUCAUCCCAGUGACACACGAGAUUCAGAAAAUAAAACGACUUUUCAUGGAUAUCCAUUGAAUGUGCUAUUAUGGGGUAUAGCUAAACCAGGCGCUUACUAUAGCCGCGCUAUUUACGAGCCGAAUUCGAAAUGUUGUUCAAGUAGAACAGUCACGUUUAGUAAUGGAGAUGCUGAAAAAAUGCGAACAAUAAAUUAUUUACUGUAUCACUUGAAUACUUUUGAAAGUGGAAUUUAUGGAAAUAAACCAGCUCCUACACCUAUACCUGAAGAUAAAGUAUGGAAAAUUGCUUUGCGUGAUGAAUUCAAUCUAACUGAUACAGAAGAUAUUUCAAAUGAUAAAUACUUCCAGAUCUGGCGAUCAAAAUACUCAGAACCAGAGCAUUUUAUAGCUAAGAAUUUUCAUAGCAAGCCACAUGUAUAAUAAUCAACAUAGAUAAACUCAUGAUACACAUAAGACUAUACACUGCAGAACUAAUCUCUAGACUAUAGUUCAAUACUUAUUUAUUAAUGUUUUUACUGAGACCGAUAGACUAUUUUUAUACACUAAAAAUUAUUUAUUACUACACAUUGAGAAUGAUUUAUUUGUAAAACCCUUGAAAAAGAAGAUCAAUGUCAUCUCUAUUUUCAUUCAGAACGAAGUUUAUCUAAUUCACGGCCAUUGUUACAAUUUUUUGCAGACAUCAAUACCGUCUGGUUCACGCUGAUAUAUAAAAAUACUGUGAUAAUGCACUUUGAUGUUUAUAUCUCACAAAUAGCAGGCCGAAAAAAUGUUGUAUCUUAUCGAGCUUCCAGGCGUCCCGAAUAUGGAGCAACUUCAUUUGUGGAUAAUUAACAUUGUGUCAAGGAUUUUGUUACUCAUAUUUCCUUUUUUGUAAAUCACAAGCUACUCAAUGUAUCAUCGCUUUUAAACGGAAGAAUGAAAUGAGAUUAGAGAGAUGUUACUUUUCAUUUAAUUCAAAUAGUAAAAAAAUGAAUUUUCAAA